AUGGAAAUAAAUGUCAAUAUUUAUGUGAUGGAUAUACCAAGCUGUGCAAAUUAUAACUUACCGAAUGGCAAUGAUAUGUAUCAAUGCUCAGUCAAGGUUUGUUUCUAUUCACGUCUCUCUUACCUAAUCACAAACCAUCCACUUCGUAUAAAAAUAGAAGGUGCACAUCUUCCUUCUCAUAUGAUAAUGUCUGAAACUAGCCAAAUUUCACGGAUUAAUUUAACAAGAGAGAAAAGAGAUAAAAUUAUUAUUAGUCGUCAUGCAGAUCAUAAAACAACUAAAGAAAUUAAAGGAAAGUUGCUGACCUCUCUUAAUAAUGCUGAUGAAAAUAAAUUAAGAGAAGCUCUCUCAAAUAGUCGUGAAAUUUGUGAUAAUAAAACUCUCAAACGUUUUAUCACUCGUGAAAAUAGGAGACUUAAUGAUAAUACUGAUCUCUCCAAACCUGAGAAAACAGCUGAAUAUUAUUACCAAUCAACAGUUUCUGAUGAAUUUUGGCUAAAAAAUGGUCGAGAUUUAUUUCAGAAUUGA